UCUCUCUCUGUUUUUGAGAAAAAAAGAGAAAUGAAGAUCGGGGGUUCGAAUCUUCCCUUUUGUGGUAAUCUAUUUACAUUUCUGCCACCCGAGCAAGUCCCUGCCUCCUCCUUCAGCGACCGCCGUAUAUAUUAAUAAACCCUACAAAUAGAAAAACGUCUCUCUCUCUCUCUCUCUCUCUGAGGCUCUGACGGCAUGUCAAAGCUCCAGUCUCAGACGCCUCAGAUUCCCUUCUAUAGAAAGCUCUAGCAGAGAAAACCCUAGAUCUCUCUCUUUCUCUCUAGUUUUAUCUCUUCGUUUCGGUAGGAAUGCGAGUACCGGAAAUGCAUCCGCUCUGCUGCAUCUCGCUUGAGAGUCCGGGGAUCGGAGACCGAUCGCCGUUGAACUUCCCGACGAUUCCAGCGCAGGUUUCCGGCGGAUCUGACAUCAAGGACGGAAAAGGUCCGGGAUCUAGCGCUAACGUCGCUGGCGUUCUCUACAAGUGGACGAAUUACGGUAAGGGAUGGAGAACCCGGUGGUUCUCUUUACGGAACGGAGUCUUAUCCUACUCCAAGAUCCGACGGUUCGAUAAUGUCGUCGCGACGAGCGAGGAGGUUCGCGUGAUCGGAAAGGCCUCUGUCCGUCUCGUCGGGUGCAGCGGCGGCGGCAGCAGCAGCAGCAGCGGCAGGAGAAAGCAACAGAAAACGGUUGGCGUCGUCCACCUCAAGAUUUCAUCCUUUCGUGAAAGCAAGUCCGACGAUAAACGGUUCUAUAUAUUCACAGCUACAAAGACACUUCAUCUGAGGACUGAUUCGAGGAAAGAUCGCGUGGCUUGGAUAGAUGCUUUGGUAUCUGCAAGAAGCUUAUUUUCCGUCAGACUAUUGAACAAUAAGAUUUCCUUUAUCCAUAAUGAUGUCUCUCUUUCGACUGAAAAGCUUAGAGAACGUUUGCUUAGAGAUGGGCUGGAUGAGGUACUUAUCAAGGACUGUGAGCAGAUCAUGCGGUCAGAGUUUUCUGAGUUACAAGGACAAUUAAAACUUCUUUGUGACGAACGAUCCAACUUGAUUGACACAUUGAGGCAGCUGGAGGCAACUAAUGUAGAAGUUGAGCCCUCCGGAAUUCAUGAGGUCCAAUUCCAGUUGAUGAAGCAUGAAAUUUCUAGCCCUGGACAUGGAAAAUAUAGUGAGUGCAGCACCACAGAAUCAUCUGAUGAUAUUGAAAAGCAAGAGCCUGAGGAAGUUUCAGAUGAAGAUGAAACCUCGUACUUUGAUACAAAAGAGUUUUUUAGUGAUUCUUUAGUUACUUGUGGAUCUAUCGUAGAAGCCACAAACUCCGUCAAUAACAGUGUAAAGGCAGAGAAUUGCUUUGAUUUUGUGGGGAGGAUGCACCUUGGAGUGGAACUUAGUAACUGUAAAUAUCCAUGCAUUGAAAGACGAAAGAAAUUGCCGGACCCUAUUGAGAAGGAGAAAGGUGUCAGCCUCUGGUCAAUGAUUAAAGAUAAUGUGGGGAAGGAUCUAACUCGAGUAUGUCUUCCGGUUUACUUCAAUGAACCACUAUCAUCCCUUCAGAAGUGCUUUGAGGACAUGGAAUAUUCUUAUCUUUUGGAUCGAGCUUAUGAAUAUGGAAAAAUGGGGAAGAGUCUCAUGAGAGUUUUGAAUGUAGCUGCCUUCGCAGUCUCUGGAUAUGCUUCUUCUGAAGGCCGACAUUGCAAACCGUUCAAUCCUUUGUUAGGGGAAACUUAUGAAGCUGACUACCCAGAAAUGGGAAUCCGCUUCUUCUCUGAGAAGGUUAGCCACCACCCAAUGCUUAUAGCCUGUCACUGUGAAGGCAAGGGAUGGAAAUUCUGGGGUGACAGCAAUAUUAGGUCCAAGUUUUGGGGCCGCUCUAUUCAGCUUGAUCCUGUUGGUGUUUUGACCCUAGAAUUUGAUGAUGGGGAAAUCUUCCAGUGGAGCAAGGUAACGACAACCAUUUACAAUCUCAUCCUUGGUAAAGUGUACUGUGAUCACCAUGGAACCAUGAACAUAAGGGGUAAUGGUCAGUAUUCAUGCAUGCUCAAGUUCAAAGAGCAGUCCAUUCUUGAUCGCAAUCCUCGCCAGGUUCAUGGAUUUGUUGAAGAUGUCAUGGGAACUAAAGUAGCCACCUUGUUAGGAAAAUGGGAUGAUAGCAUAUAUUAUAUCAAUGGAGAUGGUGCUGCCAGGCCAAAGGGUUGUGAUCCUUUAUCGGAUGCCUUCUUAUUGUGGAGAAGGAGCAAGCCUCCAACAAAUCUCUCUCGGUAUAACUUGUCGUCCUUUGCGAUAACACUAAACGAACUAACAUCGGGACUGCAGGAGAAGCUUCCACCUACGGAUUCAAGACUUCGACCGGAUCAGCGGUAUCUGGAGAAUGGAGAAUACGAGAAGGCUGAUGCAGAGAAGCUGCGAUUGGAGAGAAGGCAGCGAAUGUCAAGAAAAUUACAAGAAAGUGGCUGGAAGCCAAGAUGGUUUCGAAAGGAUAGUGAAGAUGGGUCAUAUCACUAUGUGGGUGGAUACUGGGAAGCAAGAGAGAAGAAAGAAUGGAAUGGAUGCCCCCACAUAUUCGAUGAAAUUUCACGAGACGCAACUGUUAAUUCUUCUCAACAGUCAGGCUUAUAGUGCAGAUGAUUUCUUGGGAAAUAAAUUGGGAGUAUUUCUACUUUCGAGAUUCAGGUGUGCUCUAAUUUAUCCAAUUGUUUCGCUUUUGGAUCCAUGGCUGUAGGUGUAGAUUGGUACACACGUAGCACUUAGAUAUAUGAGUCUUAAUUUUCUUAUCCUAGUUGUAUAAUUUUAUUUUUUUUAAAAGCAGGUGCAAAUUUCCUUCAUGACUGGUCCCAUUAUUUAAUCAUGAGAGUCAUCUGUAUCGGCCCAUUUGUCGGCGCUUGAUUGUAUUAGUUUCAUAUGACUCUCAUCAGCAAAAUGUUGAAAGUAUAGCCAUUUUGGGGCUGACCAUGUCCGUAAUGUGUCCUUGUAUUAUUAUCUUGGAAAUAAAGGAAAUUAUAAAUUGCACUUA